CAACACCUCCCCACAGCCCUCUACAAUGUCCCUCCCACUUUUAACGCGCUCCCUGCGCGGUCCCCAACUUAGCAAAACUCUCCGAUACUCCCUCACUACUACAACCCGCUAUCAAUCCACCACCACCAACAACAACACCGCGAAACCCGCCGCCACCACCUCCACAACAUCAACAACACCCAAGCCCACCACCACUACAUCUACCUCCUCAACCUCCACCCCCAAAACCACCCCCACCCUUAAAGACCUCCUCGACACGCCCCCCUCACCCACGAACCCAACGGAAGACCGCAUCGACUGGACGCGCUCCUUCCACGGGCUCAGCGCAACCCCCUUCCCGAAAGAAUGCGCCGACAUCCUGCUCGCCCCGACCGACCCAGAAGAAGUGGAAAUCAAACCCGACGGCAUCCUCUACCUCCCCGAGAUCAAAUACCGUCGGAUACUGAAUAAGGCGUUUGGACCCGGUGGAUGGGGUCUUGUGCCGAGGAGUGAGAGUAUUGUUACGCCGAAGAUGGUCACGAGGGAGUAUGCGCUUGUUUGUAAUGGGCGGUUGGUUUCAGUUGCUCGCGGCGAACAGGAUUACUUCUCCCCGGAUGGAAUCCCCACGGCUACGGAGGGAUGUCGGUCGAAUGCGUUGGUGCGGUGUUGUAAGGAUUUGGGCAUUGCGAGUGAGUUGUGGGAUCCCAGGUGGAUUCGCAAGUUCAAGGCGCAGUAUACCCGCGAGGCGUUUGUGGAGCAUGUGGUGAAUAAACGGAAGACGAAGAUCUGGGUGAGGAAGGAUGAUACUGUUGGGUAUCCGUGGAAGGAGACCAAGUUUUAGUCUUCCGGUCUCUUCCAUUCCAUUCUCAUUCUAUUUCUAUGUGGGGAGCAAGUCUCAUGAUGAAUACGUGAUACACUAAAUUCUGUAUAACAGGUUAAUGUACGAUAUCAUUGCGAAUUACAUGCUAAUAGAUCAGUCCACUCAUAAAAUACUAAUAAUACAUCAUAUGCAACAA